UUUAUCGCCCAUCUGAUUUCCCGCAGCCGCCCGACCGUGUGGCCCUAAACUAGGACCCAGGUCGAGCUGGUCAAGCGUCGGCUAUGGCGCUUCCAGAUCCGCCUUGGUGCUUCCCGAUCCACGUCGCCGUUGGUUGCUUCUACCCGGGCCGCGACGGAGGUGCUCGACGUUGCCUCCACACCCACAACGCGCGCCGGGAGAGGAGCCCAUGUGUGGUUCUUCUUGGGCCACGACGCGGGCGUGCGGUGGGUGGCCUCUGGCGCCCGCUCGCCGGCGCCGAACCAGGCUCGGGCUCCACGGAUCUACGGGGGUCGCCUCACCCCGACCCCCUCGCAGAUUCUCCCGCCCCUCCUCUCUGGUCUCUCUCUUACUGACUCAUCGAAGCCCCCCCAUUUCCCCGUUACAUUCAAAUCGCUGCCGGAUUGUACUCUUCUCCAUCCCUCGAUCGAUUGCUAGUCGGCAAGCAAACAUCCAUCAGUCAGCCGGCCGGACAAGGACAAGGAGCCGCCAUCUACUGCUGCAAGGCAGGGAUUUCUAUGCUUGCGAUAAAAGGCAAGAAAUGGUGGGCCGGUGGGGCUAUGGACCCGAGGUGAAAAGUCCUCAUAUUAAUGGGAAAAACAGAUUCUUUUGCACUUAACAUAAGCAGCAGCCAAUGAUCUUAGUGGAUAUCAACACUCCUGGAGUGCAGAUAAAGAGACCAUUGUUAGUCUUUGGGUUCGAUGACCCACUACAAGGACAUGCAGAGAUUACUUCUGAUAACGUGUGUUUUCCGGUCACAAAUAUCCUCCUCGGGGAAGGAUGUGGUUUCGAGAUUGCUCAAAUGCUUUGCAGGGAAGACUAGGCCUUGGAAGACUACUUCAUUGCAUGAUACUAAGAGUAGUAGCGGAACAUGGCAUGGAUGUGAUGGUUGAGGGGGCCUUACGCAGGACCGCUUUUGGAAAGAAGAUCACACAUCAUGGUUCCUUUCAGUCGGACCUGGUAAAGACAAGGAUUUCUAUGAGAAAAAUGGCAAAAAUGGUGGACGGGUAGGACUAUUGACCCGAGUGUAAAGUCCUCAUAUUAAUGGAAAAACAGUUUUGUCCGCACCUAAAUGCAAGCAGCAGUCAGUGAUCUUAUUGGAUAUCAACACUCCCGGUUGAAGAGAAAGAGACCAAUGUUAGUCUUUGGGUUCAAUGAUGCAUCACAUGGACAUGCAGAGAUUGCUUCUGAUAACUUGCGUGUUCCAUUCAUGAAUAUCCUCCAUGGGGAAGGACAUGGUUUCGAGCUUACUGAAGGAAGGCUUGGUCCUGGAAGAUCACAUCAUUGCCUGAGACUAAGAGUAGCAGCAGAAUGUGGCACGCACAUGAUGGUUGAGCGGGCCCUAAGGACUGCUUUUGGAAAGAAGAUUGCACAGCAUGGUUCCUUUCAGUUGGACUGGCAAUGGAGUGCGUAUAUAAAGGAAAGAAAACUGGGAAGUGAUCACUUGGAGCAAACAUGUGUGCCACGUGACAGGCGCAUUCACGCUGCUGCGGCGGUGAUGUUUGGCAUCGGCUACAACUCUGACGGGGAUUGUUUGGAUUGCGCCACGGCCAGCCUUGCCAAUCUAUGGGCAAGCCAAAUAAUUGGCGGAGGAAUCCUCUGCCCGCGACGCGCCAAUGAUUUGGCAGAAAUUGAGCUGGAGAUAUAAUAACAAGUUGGGGAGACUGUGUGGCCUCUUCUGCUCUACAUAGUUAUUGUGCAAUAUGCCUCUAGUUUCUGCGGCAUCAUGUAAUAAACAUUGUUGUUUUCUACUCGGCUUGGACACCACGACAGUGUUCAAUUUGUCUCUAUGGCUCUCUGCGUGCUGUCCCGAUCACCCUGUAAAGACCCCAUUUGAAGAAUUUUAUGUUUACCUUGUAUGAAGUGUGAUCUAUCGUUGAGAAAUCUGCUGUUAGUUUUAGCAAAGAUGUACAUAUUUGCAAUAUGGCAAUGGUUUAUAGGUCCUUUUUACUUAACAACAGAUUGACAAUGUUUCAACUGAAGCUUGGUUUAUUUACAUUAUCUUUAAGCUUUUGGUUAUUUGCAACUCACGAGUUCUUGUUAGACUGUUAUACAACCUGAAGAGAUUUGGACUUCUUUUCACUUACGUUUUGUGUCAUCUUUAAUUUGAGAGACCUAACUCGCUUUUUGAAUA